AAAUGUUUAUUGGAGUGAGUCAAUGUUGUACAUAGUUCUGUGAAUCUUUGGUAUGAGGUGUAGGAACGAAACAUGGUCGAUAGGCUGGUUAACAGUGAAGCUAAUGCGCGACGCAUUGCCAUGGUGGAGAGCUGCUUCGGCAGUUCGGGACAGCCACUGGCAGUGCCAGGGAGAGUCCUAGUAGGAGAAGGAGUCCUUACAAAGAUGUGUCGCAAAAAACCGAAAGCUCGACAGUUUUUCCUGUUUAAUGACAUACUUGUUUAUGGCAACAUCGUCAUUAACAAGAAAAAGUAUAAUAAGCAGCACAUCAUACCGCUUGAAGAAGUGAAACUGGAAUCACUUGAAGAUGAUGGACAAUUCAGAAAUGGGUGGCUAAUUCGCACAGCAUCUAAAUCUUUUGCGGUGUACGCUGCGACAUCGACAGAGAAACAGGAAUGGAUGGCACAUAUCAACAAGUGUAUUGAAGAUUUGCUGCGGAAAAGUGGUAAAAAGGCGGUAGAAGUUCAUGCUGCUGUCUGGGUACCUGAUUCUGAGGCUGCUGUCUGCAUGCACUGUAAAAAAACUCAGUUUACUGUGCUGAAUCGACGGCACCAUUGUCGAAAGUGCGGGGCAGUUGUGUGUGGUCCUUGUUCUAACAAAAGAUUUCUUUUGCCAAACCAGUCAUCAAAACCUCUUAGAGUGUGCUUGAAUUGUUACGACACAUUAUCACGUGCAAAAACUAGACCGCCAAACAGUACAGUUUCAUCACCCGACGGUUCAUUCACAAAAGACUUAAAGGAAAGAAAUGGAUCUGGAGAAUCAUCAGGAGAAGAAGACUCUGAUGAAGAUGAGGAACCUAAUCGUUCACAGCAAGAAUCUACUCAUGAUGAGCCAAAAUUCUAUGGCGUGUCUGAAGGAGCAGAAGAAAACAAGCAAGACAAAUGAGCAGCUUGAAAGUGAUCACUUAUUGUUAAGUUUGAUUAUGGCCCAGUGUGCUGGUAAUAUUGUAUCAAAGCAGCUCAUAAUUUCACUUUCACUGUGAGGGAAUAUGUAAGAUAGCACUGGAAGAAGAAAGUUUUCUGGAGCUAUGUGACAGCUUAAUCAUGUGGCACCUACUUUAUAAAGUUGUCAGCACAUAUGUUGCUGUUAUUUGCUUCUUUUUUAGUGGAGUCUCAGUACUGCAAAAUUUCAUAGUGUGUAGCUAACUUCAGAAGUGUACUAAGCAUGUAAUUUCUAUUGAGCAUUUUUUGCUCUCUUGCCUAUCACAGUACUUUUUUUUUUCCUCCUGUCUCACUUAACUGAGACAUUUGUUGAUAUUAGAACUGUAUAUUUUUAAACAGCUCUGUAUAUAUAUAUAUAUAUAUAUAUAUAGAUAUAGAUAUAUUGUUGUUUUUUGUAUUUCACUUAUACCUUUGUAUUAUUUUGUAAGUGUUACGGAGUUUGUUACUCUAAGAUGAUGAAUCUGAAUGCCGUAACUGAUGCCAAUUGAAUUUGUCAGACGAGAUAACAACAUUAUUUUCAUACACGUAUAUUUGCAGUUGCCUUGUAUUAGGCAGUAAAUAUUUGAAAACUAUGUAAACAAUAUUUAAUUGUCGAUGAUGUCACCAGUGAAAUACAGUUAUCUUAAUACCCAGUAAAAAACAUUCUCUUUAUGUCUGAGGCAAAGAUUAGAAUACUUUGAUCACAUAUGUCAAGCAGUUUUCUGUUUAUGUAACCAAAAAACUAUUUUAUGGGGAAAUUAUAUAGUAUAAGACUGAAAGCAGAGUAAUUUAUCUAAUGAUAACGUAAUUUAUGGGCAUAAAAGGUCUUACAGUGUAAAAUGCACGUCUUUUUCACACACAGAUAUUUUUCUUUUUCCUUCCCUAGACAAAAUUUGCUCUUUGUAAAAAGCACUGGGUAGGGUUAAAAUAACUCAUUUACUUUGUAAUACUAGCUCUGAUUUAUCAUUACGUAUUUGCUUCUCAUUUAUUUACAGUGUGAAGCUGGAAACCAUAAUUAUACAGCAAAAAAUUAUUUGAAAACCCCUUUGUAUUUAAUUCUUGAAAGAACUUGUAAAAAUAGUGUUGUACAGCUGGUUUUCAUAAUUGUUGAAAUAAAUCUGGUUAUUUUAAUGACUAAGUAAUGUAAUGACAGCCUUUGUAUUCAGUACCCAAUUUGGGUUUCUGUAGUGCAAUUUGCUUCAGUCCAUGUAAAUUAAAUUUGCCAGAGUAUGGGUGUACAUGCUUAUUUAAUGAUUGUGGUUAUAAUAAUGCAGAAAUCUCUUACCAGAGCUGUGGAGUAAUAGACUGAAUUACCUGUUGAGCUCAGGGAACAAAUUUGUUGGUUCUAUCAUGUAGAUAUUGCAGCCAUUUUAAACUAAGAUAAUUUUAUUGAAGAAUGGGGCUGCUUAUAAUACCAUCAUAUUGAAGUAGGUAAUAAGUUCCUGCUUUGUCACAUUGGUAGCCAUUGUUUGGAAUUACUGUGUUCCAAAUGUUCAGAAUUCCCUUUUAUAAUGUACAUGAAGUUCAGAUGAUGACAGUUGUAUAAGACAAUGUGAUAAGAUUUUGCUACAACUUCAUUACUAGGUGCUGAAUGGAAAAAAUAUUGAGAGUGCCUUUUAUAUUAUUGGUGGUAUAUUUGUCAUACAUACUUUUUACUCCACUGUCAUGUAGAUACUGCUGUAUUUAUAAGAAGAAACACGAAAUUCAAUGAUUUUAUUUAUGUGUAAUUGAGCUGAGAUGAUUUUACUUUUCUUUAUAAGUAUACAGUAGUCUUCCAGUUGCAAAAAAUUACUGUUAAUGUAAAUUACUUCACUCCUUUUGUAGGAGAGAAAUGUCUUUCACUUUGAUUUUAUAUAAAUUUGUUAUCAGUGGAGAGGAGGAUACUGCAAAGAAAUGUAUGGCCUGUAAAAUUGCUUUGUGAGUGCUGGCUGAUAAAUGAAACCAAUUGUACAUUUGAUGUAAAUCAUUUUACAUAAUUAGUAGGGCACUAUAGUACAUUUAUUUGACAGUACAUUGUUUGAUGCAAAUGUUAAUAUAUAUAUGAUUAUAUGUAUGUGGAACAAAAUUGUGGAAGUUUGAAUUUAAUAUAUUUUUAUUAUGAAAUGGCAUUUGAUACUGGCAAAAUGAAUUAUAUGAUGGAAGAUCA